UGGGGGUGGAAAGCUAGAGUUGGGAGGAGGGUGAGUGGUCCUCCGGUGAGGGUGCGCAAGACAGCCAAUCGGGAGCGGACGUGGAAAGGGGGUGCCGCACCAGCCAGUCACAUGCCGAGGGGCGGUCGGGGUUGAUGACGCAAGCGCAGGCCAUAGCCAGUGGGCGAGAGGCUGUCCAUCCUCUUUACAGCAGCCGGUCGGGGGCGGUGGAAACGCGAGUGAGGAGAUCCCGACGGCGGCGGCGCGCAACCUUCCCUGAGGUGCCAGGGAACAGCGAGGCCUGAGCCUCUGCGUCUAGGGUCAAAAUGGUUUCAAUCCCUGAAUACUAUGAAGGAAAGAAUGUUCUUCUGACAGGAGCUACUGGUUUUCUAGGAAAGGUGCUUCUGGAAAAGUUGCUGAGAUCUUGUCCUAAGGUGAAUUCCGUGUAUGUUUUGGUGAGGCAGAAAGCUGGACAGACACCCCAGGAACGAGUGGAAGAAGUCCUUAGUGGCAAGCUCUUUGACAGACUGAGAGAUGAAAAUCCAGAUUUUAGAGAGAAAAUUGUAGCAAUCAACAGUGAACUCACCCAGCCUAAACUGGCUCUUAGUGAAGAAGAUGAAGAGGUCAUCAUAGAUUCUACCAAUAUUAUAUUUCACUGUGCAGCUACAGUACGGUUUAAUGAAAAUUUAAGAGAUGCUGUUCAGUUAAAUGUAAUUGCUACGCGACAGCUUAUUCUCCUUGCACAACAAAUGAAGAAUCUGGAAGUGUUCAUGCAUGUCUCAACAGCAUAUGCCUACUGCAAUCGAAAGCAUAUUGAUGAAGUAGUCUAUCCACCUCCUGUAGAUCCCAAGAAGCUGAUUGAUUCUUUAGAAUGGAUGGAUGAUGGCCUAGUAAAUGAUAUCACACCAAAAUUAAUAGGCGACAGACCUAAUACAUACAUAUACACAAAAGCUUUGGCAGAAUAUGUUGUACAGCAAGAAGGAGCAAAGCUAAAUGUGGCAAUUGUAAGGCCGUCAAUUGUUGGUGCCAGUUGGAAAGAACCUUUUCCUGGAUGGAUUGAUAACUUUAAUGGACCAAGUGGUCUCUUUAUUGCGGCAGGGAAAGGAAUUCUUCGAACAAUGCGUGCCUCCAACAACGCCCUUGCAGAUCUCGUUCCUGUAGAUGUAGUUGUCAACACAAGUCUUGCGGCAGCCUGGUAUUCUGGAGUUAAUAGACCAAGAAACAUCAUGGUGUAUAAUUGUACAACGGGCAGCACUAAUCCUUUCCACUGGGGUGAAGUUGGGUGUUAUGUAACUCAUUCCUUCACGAUGAAUCCUUGUAACCAAGUACUCAGGCACCCCAGUUUUAAGUUCUAUUCCAACAACCUGUUGUUCCAUUAUUGGAAGGGUGUCAGACAUACAGUACCUGCAUUAUUGCUCGAUCUUGCUCUCAGGUUGACAGGUCAGAAACCGUGGAUGAUGAAAACAAUAACUCGUCUUCACAAAGCUAUGGUGUUUCUUGAAUAUUUCACAAGUAAUUCUUGGGUUUGGAAUACUGAUAAUGUCAAUAUGUUAAUGAAUCAACUAAACCCUGAGGAUAAAAAGACCUUCAAUAUUGAUGUACGACAGUUACAUUGGGCAGAAUAUAUAGAAAACUACUGCAUGGGAACUAAGAAAUACGUUUUGAAUGAAGAAAUGUCUGGCCUCCCUGCAGCUAGAAAACAUUUGAACAAGUUGCGGAACAUACGUUAUGGGUUCAACACUAUCCUUGUGAUCCUGAUCUGGCGCAUUUUUAUUGCAAGGUCACAGAUGGCAAGAAACAUCUGGUACUUUGUGGUUAGUCUGUGUUACAAGUUUCUGUCAUACUUCAGAGCGUCCAGCACUAUGAGAUACUGAAGACCCAGAAUUUCGCAUUAGAACAUCUGUACAUUUGGUGGUCUAAAUGCACAAAAUGUAAAAUGUACUUAUGUCAUCUCACCUUUUGUCCAGACGUUAAACCAUCUUAGAUCAGUGUGUAGAAAACAUGGUACAUUUUAUGUAACAUUUUAAUGUUAUGCUCAUAAAACCUAGCGAA